AUUCCACAACCGGCAACGCUGUACAGAUAUUUUAGCUGAGCAUCUUGGGUAAUAGAAUGGCGUUCUGGCGUGUUUUGCAAAGGUUGUUCAUUGUGUUUCUCUUUAAAAAUUAAAAAAUGCCGCGUACUAAGAAAGUUAUUUUUUAAAUAUUCUUGAGAGUUACUUUUUUUGACAUUGUUUCACUAGUCAAAAAGAACCAUGGAGGAAGAAGAGCUGUCUGGAAGUGACUUUGAUGAUGAUGAGGAUCCUGAUAAAAUUGAAGUCCCAGGUGGAGGAAAGGAUUUGGCUACUGCUGCCACCAUAGGGGAAAACAGAGACUUAAAACUCAAACAAGAAAAAGAUGUAAAACCUGACGUUAAAAUUGGGCCAGCGGGUACUAUGGCCAUGAACAGCAAGAUGAUGCAAGGAAUACCUGGUAUAAACAUGCAUCCUAGCCCAUAUGAUAUGAUGAGACAACCAAUGGGCCCUCCAUAUGGCGGCGGGCAAGGGGCUCCAAACUCCACAGCUAACAUGGGCAACUUGGCUGCAAUGGCCUCAAUGUUAAGCAGCCUUACAGGAGGGCCCAUGGGCAACAUGUUUGGCGUCGGAGCACAGGGAGGCCCUGGUGCCUCCGGAUCAGCCUCUGCUGCUUUUAAUGCGGCACAAUUUUUGCAGCAGAUGGAAAUGGCGGCUUUUGGAAUGGGUGGGAACCCAUAUAGUAACCCUUUCCUGCAAAACUUAUCCGCCAUGUUAUAUAAUACAAAUCCUAUGGCAGCCUGGGGUGGUCAACUUAGUAAUAAGGCUGUUCAGCAAAUGUGGAUGAAUCAAAUGGAUAACAAACAAAUGCACCAUCAUCAAGAAGAAGAAGAGGUAGACGAUGAAGAGUUAGGAGUUGCUGAAACUUAUGCUGACUACAUGCCAUCUAAACUUAAAUUAGGCAAAAAACAUCCAGAUCCAGUAGUAGAAACGGCAUCAUUAUCUUCAGUAGCCCCGGUAGACGUAUGGUACAGUCUCUCGAUUCCUGAAGAGACGAUAAAAACCGGAGCGCUAUCAGCCUUACAAUUAGAAAGUAUUACAUAUACUUCACAGGCCCACGAACAUAUUUUACCUGAUGGAAAUCGAGCCGGAUUUUUAAUCGGUGACGGUGCCGGGGUCGGUAAAGGCCGAACAAUCGCAGGAAUUAUAUUUGAGAAUUACGUUAAAGGUAGAAAAAGAGCCAUUUGGGUUUCAGUAUCCAACGAUUUAAAAUAUGACGCCGAACGGGAUCUCCGAGAUAUUGGAGCGGGAAAAGUGGAAGUACAUGCGCUUAAUAAACUAAAGUACGCAAAGAUCUCUUCAGCAGUAAAUAACAACGUUAAGAAAGGAGUGAUAUUCAGCACGUACUCUGCGUUGAUCGGUGAGAGCAACUCCGCAGGUGGAAAAUACAAAUCGAGAUUAAAACAACUGCUACAGUGGUGCGGUCCAGAUUUUGAUGGGUUAAUUGUAUUCGAUGAAUGUCAUAGGGCAAAAAAUCUCUGUCCGGUCGGGUCUUCGAAGCCUACUAAAACAGGUUUAACUGUUCUAGAAUUACAAAAUAAGCUUCCAAAAGCAAGGGUUGUUUAUGCGUCCGCUACUGGUGCAUCAGAGCCACGUAACAUGGCCUAUAUGGUUCGGUUGGGGCUCUGGGGCGAAGGUACGCCAUUUAAGGAGUUUGCAGACUUUAUUUCUGCUGUCGAGAAACGCGGCGUAGGCGCAAUGGAAAUCGUUGCAAUGGACAUGAAGUUGCGAGGAAUGUAUAUCGCGAGACAAUUAAGUUUUCAUGGAGUGGCAUUCAAAAUCGAGGAAGUGCCGCUGUCUAAAGAUUUUGAGAAAGUAUAUGAUUCAAGUGUAAAGUUGUGGGUAGAAGCUAUGCAGAAGUUCCACGAAGCGGCCGAAUUGGUAGAUGCAGAAAACAGAAUGAGAAAAACAAUGUGGGGACAGUUCUGGUCUGCGCAUCAAAGGUUCUUUAAAUAUCUGUGCAUAGCCGCUAAGGUGCCUCAUGCGGUUGCAGUCGCCCAUGAAGCCAUUAAAAUGGGAAAAUGCGUAGUUAUUGGGUUACAGAGUACGGGGGAAGCCAGAACUUUAGAACAGCUGGAAAGGGAUGAGGGAGAAUUAACAGAUUUUGUUUCUACUGCUAAAGGUGUUUUUCAAACUUUGGUAGAAAAACAUUUUCCUGCUCCGGACCGAAAUAGAAUUCACAAACUACUAGGUAUUGGAGGUGCUGGAGACUACAAAAAAUCAGUAAAUGGUAAUUCAGAAGAGGGAAGUUCGGCCCUAAAAAGAAAACCAGUAAGACAGGCGGCACAGAGAGCCGUAAAAAGAAAUAAAUGGUCUACUUCUGAUAGUGAAAAUAGCGAGAAAAGUGAUUCCGAUUUCCAAAUGUCGGACAACGAGAGUGAAAUUUCCGAUGGGCAAACUGAUUCUAACCAAAGCAGUGAUUUUAAUCCGUUUAACUCUGACAGUGAUUCUGAUAAUGAUCCUUGGAGCAGAAAUAAAAAAAAAGGAAAAAAGCAGAAAAAAUUGCCUAAGAAGCGACAGUCCACACAAGAUAAAUUGUCCGUAUUACUUACGCAAAAAACUCACAAAGCUAAACAAAACGGUACAGGCAUAAAGACAUCAGCGCCUCCUAUGGAUGCUAUUGAAAGGGCCUGUAGUAUGAAGGAGGAUUUAUUACAAGCAAUAGAAAGGUUAGGAGACAAAUUGCCGCCUAAUACUCUUGAUCAACUCAUAGAUGAAUUGGGUGGGCCAGAAAAUGUGGCUGAAAUGACAGGUAGAAAAGGUCGUGUGGUACAAACAGAAGACGGCGGUAUACAGUACGAAAGUCGAUCGGAGGUUGAUGUGCCAUUAGAAACGUUGAACCUUACGGAAAAACAACGGUUUAUGGAUGGUGAAAAAGAUGUCGCUAUUAUUUCCGAAGCGGCUUCUAGCGGUAUUUCACUGCAAAGUGAUCGAAGGGUUAAAAACCAAAGAAGAAGGGUACAUAUCACCCUAGAAUUACCCUGGUCUGCCGAUCGAGCGAUUCAACAGUUCGGACGCACUCAUAGAAGUAACCAAGUAAAUGCUCCAGAAUAUAUUUUCCUUAUAUCUGACUUAGCCGGUGAACGGAGAUUUGCUUCGAUUGUUGCGAAAAGGUUGGAAAGCUUAGGGGCCUUGACACAUGGUGAUAGAAGGGCAACAGAAACCAGAGAUCUCAGCCAGUUUAACAUCGAUAACAAAUAUGGAAGGGCAGCACUAGAGGCAACAAUGAAAGCCGUUAUGGGAUAUGAAUCACCUGUAGUUCCGCCGCCGAAAGAUUAUAAAGGAGAUUUCUUUAAAGAUGUUGCUGGUGCCUUGGUUGGAGUAGGACUCAUAGUAAAUAGCGAAAAUAUGCCUGGAGUCUUGUCUUUGGAUAAAGACUAUAACAAUAUGUCAAAGUUCCUUAAUCGAAUACUUGGAAUGCCAGUAGAAUUACAAAAUAGGUUAUUUAAAUAUUUUACGGAUACAUUAGCUGCGAUUAUAACGCAGGCAAAGAGGAGCGGUCGCUUUGACCUAGGCAUUUUAGAUUUAGGUGCUGGGGGUGAAGUCGUCAAACGCGUGAGGUGCGUCACCUUUAUGAGGAAACACUCAACCGGAACUGCCCCUACAGAACUUCAUACCGUUCAUGUAGAGCGAGGAAUGUCUUGGCCCGAAGCUCUAGAAAAAUUUGCUGAUCUUAUUGGAGAAAAUGAAGGAUUCUGGGUGUCACAUCAGGUUAGAAAUGGGAAAAAUACCGCCAUUCUAGCGGUGGCUGUAGAUGGCGGGACUACAUCUGGUAACAAAAAGAAAUCAGAAAGUAAAAAAGAACAAAUGUUCUCCAUUUACAGACCAAAUACUGGCUUGCAGUUUAGACAAGAAAGCUUGGCAGAACUUGAGAAAAAGUACAAAAAGGUUGAAUCUGUAGACGCAGAAAAGUCGUGGACUGAACAAUAUGAUUCAUCAGUGAACACGUGCUCGCAUGCUUAUUGGCGAGGCAAUUGUCGAAACGCAACUGCCGGACAUGAAUGUGAAGUUGGUUUGCGUCGGCGUACAUAUCAUGUAGUUAGCGGAAGCGUUCUGUCAGUAUGGAGUAGAGUCGAGGGUGUUCUAGCUGCUAGGGGAGGAGUACAAAAUAAUAAGAUGCAAGUGAUUAGAUUAAGGACCGAAGAAGAUUUGAAGGUUGUGGGUACCGUAAUUCCUAAAAAUUGCGUAGAAGCUUUGAUAGAGGCACUGUCUUCAGAUGCUGAAAAAGUGGAGGAAAAGACAUUCUAGGAAACAACUCGAGACUGAAUUGAAUGGGAAAGAAAGCUUCUCAAUUGUUUUUAUUUUUCUAGAUUUUGUAACUAUUACAGGGCAAAAAAGUAUUUUAGCGCACUCUUUAAUGAUAAGUGAGUCCAGAUAACUGUAAAAUAGGUUUGAAGUGGAACCAGAAAAUUGUUAGAAGCGUUAAAACCCAAAUUUGAUACUUUAUAUAGACAUAUACACAAUAAAAACUAUUUGGAUUUA